GGUCACGUGAGCCGGCUCCAAGAUGGCGGCGGGGGUGGCCGGGUGGGGGGUCGAGGCAGAAGAGUUCGAGGAUGCGCCUGAUGUGGAGCCGCUGGAACCCACGCUCAGCAACAUCAUCGAGCAGCGCAGCCUCAAGUGGAUCUUCGUCGGGGGCAAGGGUGGCGUGGGUAAGACCACGUGCAGCUGCAGCCUGGCCGUCCAGCUGUCCAAGGGGCGUGAGAGUGUACUGAUCAUCUCUACAGACCCAGCCCACAACAUCUCCGAUGCUUUUGACCAGAAAUUCUCCAAGGUACCCACUAAGGUCAAAGGCUAUGACAACCUCUUUGCUAUGGAGAUUGACCCCAGCCUGGGUGUGGCAGAGCUGCCGGAUGAGUUCUUUGAGGAAGACAACAUGCUGAGCAUGGGCAAGAAGAUGAUGCAGGAGGCCAUGAGUGCCUUCCCAGGAAUUGACGAGGCCAUGAGCUAUGCUGAGGUCAUGAGGCUGGUGAAAGGCAUGAACUUCUCGGUUGUGGUGUUCGACACGGCGCCCACCGGCCACACGCUCAGGCUCCUGAACUUCCCCACGAUUGUGGAGCGAGGCCUGGGCCGCCUCAUGCAGAUCAAGAACCAGAUCAGCCCGUUCAUCUCUCAGAUGUGCAACAUGCUGGGCCUGGGGGACAUGAAUGCAGACCAGCUGGCCUCCAAGCUGGAAGAGACACUGCCUGUCAUCCGCUCUGUCAGCGAACAGUUUAAAGACCCCGAGCAGACAACCUUCAUCUGCGUGUGCAUCGCAGAGUUCCUGUCCUUGUACGAAACAGAGCGGCUGAUCCAGGAGCUGGCCAAGUGCAGGAUCGACACCCACAACAUCAUCGUUAACCAGCUUGUCUUCCCGGACUCCGAAAAGCCCUGCAAGAUGUGUGAGGCCCGCCACAAGAUCCAGGCCAAGUACCUGGACCAGAUGGAGGACCUGUAUGAAGACUUCCACAUUGUGAAGCUACCACUGUUACCCCACGAGGUGCGGGGGGCAGACAAGGUCAACACCUUCUCUGCCCUCCUCUUGGAGCCCUACAAGCCCCCCGGCACCCAGUAGCAGCACCACCAUUCCCAGCGGCUGCCAGUUCACACUCACCCUUCCAACUCCCCACCCGGGCAGAGUUUGCACAAAGCCCCCCAGAGUGCGGGGGAGCCACUUUGGGGUGGGAGGCUGGGAGGGAGUCUGUUCCCCCUGGUGGGGUUGGGGGUGGCUGCAGUGCCCCCCAUCUCUCCCUGCCUCAUGUUCCUCAAUAAAAUAAUCCUAAACA